AUGGAGAGGCAGUGUAGUACUAAAAGUCAAUCUUGGUGUGUAAGAACAGCCGAAGAUGAAGAAAACAAUUUUAUGAUGAUUUGCCGUAAGGGUAACGUUUAUGAGCUAAUGGAAUUGGCACCAUUCAUUAGCGUUGAUGGACAUCUGCUGCAUAAAUACGACCAUCGUGGGAGACAGUGUAUUCACAUGGUGGCAUUGUACGACAGAAAAAAUGCUAUUAUGAAAAUAGAAAUACUUGUAAACAUGGGUGCAGACAUUAAUGCAAGGGAACGAAAUACUGGUAAUUCAUUACUUCAUAUUGCUGUGAAGACAAAAAAUUACGAAUUGGCUGAGUGGCUGUGCCGAGAGCCAACCGUUAAUCUAGGAGCUAUUAAUUAUGAGCAUCAUACUGCUUACCACAUGGCCUACUACCUUCAUGAUGAGAAGAUGAAGGAGCUUUUGAUAACCAACAGAGCUGUCUGUGACAAUCCUGAAGGCAUCAAAAUGUCUGAAGAUGAUAUUAGUGACUUUUCUAGUGACAAUUAACGGAUUCUUGUUUACAGUG